UCUGUUUUCUAUUUUCUGUGAUGCAAUGAAAUGUCACACUGAUUUCAUUUCAAUUUCAUUUGUACGCAUAAUUUUGACGAUAUCUUUGUCUUUUACGGUUAUAUGCCCAGAAAAUGGUUGACCCAAUAUUUGAUUAUCAAUUUAGGCUCAUCCUAAUCGGCGAUAGUACGGUGGGAAAAAGUUCCCUUUUAAAAUACUUUACGGAUGGAAAAUUCGCUGAGCUCUCCGAUCCGACAGUAGGCGUAGACUUUUUCGCCAGAAUAAUCGAGGUUCAGGAUGGUACUAGAAUUAAAUUACAACUUUGGGAUACAGCAGGACAAGAGAGAUUCAGAUCCAUCACAAAGUCUUACUACAGGAACUCCGUGGGAGCUUUGUUGGUGUAUGAUGUGUGUAACAGAUCAAGUUUCGAGCACAUACCCUUGUGGAUGAUGGAAGCCAAGAGGCACAUUGAGCCGCACAGACCUGUCUUUGCUUUGGUGGGUUGCAAAGUUGAUUUAGUCGGUACAGACAAUAAAAAUGGUGCUAGAAGAGAAGUCACAUGCGAGGAAGCCAGAAUGUUUGCUGAGGAAAAUGGGCUCCAUCAUGUAGAGACAUCUGCAAAGACUGGUGUUAACGUUGAAGAGGCUUUUGUAUUAGUGGCACAGGAAGUAUACAACCGCAUUCAGACUGGAGAAUACAAAGUGGAGGAUGGUUGGGAUGGCAUCAAAACAGGGUUCAACCGUCCUAAUGGUAUGGAUUUCAAUUUGCUCGAGGCAGAAACUGUCCAGUCCACAUGCUGCUAGAAAAUUAUAUAUUCUUUUGUAAAUACUGACUCGUGUAAUUAGAAUAGAUAUAUAUUACGUAAGUAUAAAUUAACUAUAUAAUGUAGAUAUUUUCAGCACAUGUUUGCAAUGGCAUUUUAAGUAUGCAUCGGUUUUUCUUUUGUACAAGUUUUUAUUGAAUAAUUCACUAAUUGGUUGCAGGGUUAAUUUAAAUUGCUGUAAUUUCAUUAUCUUGUUUAUAACAAUAUUUUAUGGCAAUUAAUGGCACCUAAUGAAUACAAAGAAAUUGGCAUAAUGCAAUGAUGCAUUUCAUGAAAUAUCCAUUAAAAUAUAUGUCAUAUUUAAGUUGUGUCAUAUAAUGUUCUAUUCCAAGAAUUAUAUUGAUUUUUUUUUAAUUUGUGAACAUUAGAAAUUGUUUAAUAUAUUAUUAUUCAUGUUAAUAUAAAUAACAACAAUGUGUUUUGGUAUCACAAAGUGUCAUCGAAAUCAUUAAGGAUAAUUUAAAAAUUCUAAAUUUAAGUAUUUCACUGACAUAGUAUGACCGCUAGAAAAGCCUUUAAAUUGUUACAUGAAGCCUAAGAUUUGGUAUGUUUCAAAAUCUAAGAUUUAAGUGCCAUCUGGUAUGACAUGGUCCACAUUUUUUUUAUAUUUUUAAAUUAUAAUAAAGCACAAGCUAUUAACACAAUGUUAUUUCAUCACAUCACAACCAAAGACACUCCAUACUAUGUAAAUGUUCUGCAAAUUUUUAGUUUUUAAUGUAUAUAGUUUUAUUUUUAACUAUCAUUAACAAGUUUCCCAUCGAAAAAACUAAAUAAAACAAAGUUUUUACUCAUUUGAUUUCUUUUUUAUAUCCAUCCAAAGAUAAGAUACAUUUAGGACUUCUUUGAAUCUAAUUCAAUGAUGUGUCAAAUUGUUAUGACGAGUCUCCAUUGUCACCUGUAUAACAACAUGUUCAUACACAAGUGAAACAACAUUGAAAAUUCACAGUAAAAAUGGUAAAUCCUCUUUACAUUGGUAUUUAUUUUAUUAAGAUAAUAUAGUUCUGUAUUGUUUGUAUUGAAUUUUUGGUUAGAUCAAUAUUUUUUGGCGCCAUAAUCGAUUAUUGUCAGUUUUAGAAUACAGAUUAUAUCUAAUGUUUUCAUACAACGCAUCCAAUAAUGUUGAAUCUUUAUUAAAAACAAAACUGUGGCAUGAAAAUGAAAAUUUUUAUUCCUCAAUAAAAUUGUUAACAAAUCUUAGUAUAACAAGUAUCUCAGCCUUUGUUCAAAUCAAAAAACAAUUCUAUUGUGAAUUAACUGUGUAUUUAAGAGCUAUGAAAAUAAAUUUGUGCUCAAAAUUCUAAACAAUAUGUGGAAUAUGAUGGUUUGUUUUUAUAUACGUAUACAUUAAGCGACAUUUUAUUUUUAAAUGUACUACGUCAUAAUUACGCUGUUAUUAUAAUGCUUGAACGCAGUAAAGUUUUUGUUAAUCAU